AGGAAAUGACCGUCGAUAGAGGUGGGUGGGCGGUGGUGGGAAGAAGAGACGCAGAGAAGUAGAGAAGAAGAUAGAAUAGAUCGAGUGUGAAUCCCAAACAACUCCAAGCUGGCCCAUCUGGACCGUUGUCAGCCUUAAAAAUCGCGGCGCUGGGUUUGAGAAGCGGGUGGAUGCUGGCCGUCGUCCAAGCGUUUAAAGCUCCGAUUCUACCACGCGUGGAAUUGGAUCCAUUGUACCUACCGAUGGAUGGACAGUCGGCUGUGUUUCCCCGUUGGGUGAAUCCCCGGGAUUGCGAAGUAUGGAUGAGCAAUCACCACGAGCACUCAAUCAGUAUGGCUAAAGGGCAGAUGAGGUGAGGAAAACAAAUUUUGU